UCUUUAGGUGCUGAUGCCUGUAUAUGACCACUGUCUUGGAUGUGCCGCAAGAUGUGAAGAUAUUCCUAAGCCGCCUGCUUAUCUCAAAGGUAAAGUUAUGUUGGAAAACAUUGCGCAAGCGGCCUUCAGGAGCAGGCGCGCGAGUCGGUCCACUUGUGUGAUGAACGUCUGCUCCUUUGCAUGGGAUCCCGCCGGGAAGUGGUGUGGAGGAGAUACGAGACGGUACCGUAAUUUUCGCGUUGGUUCUCAUUUUUGUAAUGAUUCUUUUAUUUCACUUUCUGCACAAGGACGAUGAUAGGCAUAAAGAUACUCGCAUCCGUCGACUCUAUCAGCGUCCGACGACGC